GAGCACUUGUUUGCGUAGUGUGGGCUUUUGUGUGAGUGGGGAAGGUUGAGCUGUAGCGGAUCAGCAGGCAGAAUUUUUUUUGAAAAGGCAGUGGCCAGCAGGAGCCGGGCACUCAAUAAUCCCCUGAUUCUAAUUCUGACCACGGAGAUUUGUUGCCCAUGCUAUCCAGUUAAUUAAAAAUAAGUUGCUGACAGUACGGAGGAGAGUUUUUGAAGUGUACAAUACACCCCUAUAUUUGCGGGCGAGAGUUUGCUUCAUCACUGCAACAAAAAAAAAUCAGCGUGGGAGUUAAUGGGGGAAGAAAAAAAUGCAGCGAGAGCUUUAGGGUUCGCUUUUAAAAAUACAAAUCUCUGACUGAUUUGCCUAUUUUUUGUUUCGGAACUCGCUAGGUUGAGAGUCAAGGGGGGAACAUUAAGUGGAAGUGUCACCAAAGGGGACUUUUAAUCUGCGGAAGUUUAGUUUCUCUGUUUGUUGGGAGAAGCGAGGCAAUUGCAGCCGCCGGCGCCUUUGCAGCUCUGUGAGCCGGGGCUUCAGCCAGCUUGCCGGGCGCCCGCGCUCGCUUUAUCUUCCUUCUCCCGAGUGAUGCUUUGUUUUGCGGUAUCUGUCCGAAAACCCUCCUAAGCACCAUGAGCAUGGCCAACGACACAUACGCAUUUGUAAAAGACAUUAAGCCAGGAAUGAAAAAUUUAAAUGUCGUCUUUAUUGUUCUGGAAAUAGGUCGAGUUACCAAAACUAAAGAUGGACAUGAAGUGAGGUCGUGCAAAGUAGCCGAUAAAACUGGCAGCAUCACUAUUUCAGUUUGGGAUGAGGUUGGAGGUCUAAUACAGCCCGGGGAUAUCAUUCGCUUGACAAGAGGUUAUGCUUCAAUGUGGAAAAAUUGCCUGACGCUAUAUACAGGGAGAGGAGGCGAUCUUCAAAAAAUUGGAGAGUUUUGUAUGGUAUAUUCAGAAGUACCCAACUUUAGUGAACCAAAUCCAGAUUACCUGAACCAGAUGAACCAAACAAACAAAGUUGCACAAAGUGAACAUAGAAACAAUUCUCCUCCUAGUCAGCUGGCUACAAAUGGACAAAUGCAAACAGUUGGACGUGCUAUUAUGAAAUUACUAGAGACCGUUAUUCCUUAAACGCGAGGCACAGUUCAUCCAAAAUAUUAGAUCGACCGGCAGACACGCUGCGUCAUCAUUCUUAACGUAGAGUACAACUUUUCAACCCGGUGUCCAAGGUGUGAGAAGCUGAACUCAAGGCUGAUGAUUCUAUUGCCUGUUCAUGCUCCCUUAUAGUGGCAAUAUGUUUUUACAUUCCACAAACUAACAUGUUUUGUCAGACACUAGAUCUUUAUACACACGCACGCCUUUGUGAUAGAGAGCGGCCCGCGAAGCCACGAGUCAAAAUGGGCUGAAGGAGGCGGCGGGGCACAUGAUAUACAUCUGGGAAAAGAUUAAUGCGCAUAUCAAAGGGGGAGCGCCGAGGCCGGUGGGUGCGGAGCAGUUUCUACAGAUGAGUAUUGAUACAGCUGGGGGCUAGCUUCCCGCUUUCAGGGGCCUGGUGAAGUUGUAAUGAGGAAAGGACAAAGAGCAAUGAUAGAAUCUGUGUAGUCUUUACAGGCCAGAUGUUCAUUCUUGCUGAUGUUACACCAUUUUAUUCAAUGUGCGCUAAGAAACCCGUAGGCACCCUAGGAGGGCAUUCUAAACUAACGAGAGGUGAUCUUCAUUUUUCUUCUCGACUUUUACUAAAGUGUGACCCCAUUUUACUGGACAUAUGUUCUAGGUGACUUGGGUGAACUCAUAUUUAAGGGGCUGAUAAGCUCAGAUUUGACAAAACAGGCCCGUUUUUGAAAUAGCAUUUUAGUUCGAGUGUAACGAAUGCUUCAUCAAUGGAAAUUCACUGAGAUCUAUUUCCAAGUGUUGGCUAAUCAGGUAAAGGUUCUAUGAUACGGAGUUAAGAAAGGGAUAUAAAAUUACAGUGUAAAGGAAUCAAACCUCAUUUAUUGGGCACCAGGUUUGUCUCGGGUGACUUUUUUAAAAAAUCUGCUACCCAGCUGUACACGUUGGCAAGGGUAUCGGGCCUUUUCGCUUAAUGGGGCUCAAUAUUUUCAGUAAGUACAAACGCGAGAAAAUGCUGGAGGAACUCAGCAGGCCAAGCAGCAUCUACGGAAAAGAGUAAAUAGUCAUUUGAAGCCGAAACUCUUCUUCAGGGCUCCAACUCCAGUCCUGUUGAAAUGGUUUCGGCCCGAAACAUCCAGUUUUCCGUCAACUGUUGCCUGGCCUGCUGCGUUCCUCCAGCUUUGUGUGUGUGUAUACUUACUCUCAAUAAGUACUUUGGAUGGAACCGAAUCUUGAUCUACACACAGGCACAUUCAAUACGGGUUUCACAUCAGCGUAAAGAACAAGAAGAUGGCGCGCCACGUUAACCUUUCUAGGCUGGAGUCAAACCUAUACGUUUUCCUAUUUCGGGCUCUCGUAAUAACGUCCCAUGCGAUAAGAGUCCGUAAAAUGAAAUACGACAUUUCUCCCAGCGUGCCUAAUGCGAGGCAGGCGGCUUUCUCCCGAGAGGGAUGGGGAUUGAGUUACAGUUUGUGCAAUGCGGCUGAUGUGCUACACAUCACCGGAGGGCAGAACGCCAGCAAAUACUUUGCAUUGCAACUGACUGAUUCCAUUUCAGUUCAGGACGUUUGACAGCUGGGAACAACAGUUAUUAAAACGGUAAUGAUGUGCAGGAAAUGAAACAUUAACUAAGUUAUGCUGGGAAGAGUUGCUGCCGCCGGGUCCAGUAACAAUAUUGAUAUAUCAAUACGGCGUGUAUGGCAUGUAUCUGAAAGUUUCGCAGUUGAAUUUCCACUCUCCCCAGGUUAACUGGGCACUGUUGGAUGCGGGAAGGCUGGAGAUAAAGCCAGACUGUCUCUGGUAAGAGGUACAAUUCUAUCGUUUCGGGAUGAAGACUACUCAUCAGAACUGGAAACUUUUCUUCAAAACCUUAAGCGAUCGUUCAGGGUCCAGUUCUGUUGAAGGAUCCGCAACCCGAAACGUAGAUGCGCCAGGACUGGUUUUCUGUUUUAGUUUAAUUCCACCAUCCACAGCAUUUUGUAUUUGGAAUAUUUUCUUUCACAGAGUUCGUGUUUGAAAACAUGUAGGCUUUAGUCUUCGUGCUUUCAAGCAACAAAAAGUCGUGUCCAUUAUUCUUAAACAAAAAGAAAUAAAGUUUUAUGAUUAUUGAGUGAGCAGGGAAACAGGCCUUUGGCUCAACUCGUUCAUGCCGACCUCUGAGCUGGUCCUCAUCCCUAAACCUUUCCUAUCCACAAACCUGUCCAAAUGUCUUUUAAGUAUUGUAAUUUGACCCACCUCUACCACCUCCUCUGUCAGCCUGUUCUAUGUACCCAUCACUCUUUGGGAAUGGCUUGCUCCCAAUGUCCCCCUUAAACCUUUCCCAUCUCACCUCUAACCUACGCCCUCUAGCUUGAGACUCUCCUGAGAAAAAGACUGUGCCCCUCAUGAUUUUACAAACCGCUGUUAGGGAAAGUAGUCCCAUCCUAUCCAGUCUCUCCUCAUAACUCAAGGCUUCUGGUCCUUGUGAAUCUUUUCUGCACUCUCUCUAACCUAAUCGCUUCCUUUAAUAUGGUAACCAGAAGUGCCCAUAAUACUUGUGCAGCCUUACCAAUAUCAUAAACAGCCAGAACUUACAACUCUUGUACUCGAUGUCUCAACUUGGCUUCUUCACUACUUUGUCUGGUUGUGUCAUCACGACUUGCAGAUAGUGUAGUAAGCAGAGUGUCCGCAAUGCUCUGGUUGUGGUCUAGAGGACACUUUAUAAACCAUAAUACAGCUAUCCUUAUAUUUUAUGCCCUGGCUAAUGAAGGUGAAAAUUGCAUGCGGCUUCUUAACCACUUUAUCUACCAGCAAUAAUGUCUUCAGAGAUCCUUGGACAUUUAGAGAAAAUUCUUUCCGGGGUACAUUGUAAACCCUGGUCUUUACUUCCCUCGAGAUGCUUUGCGUUACAUUAUGUUUAAUGUCUUCAUUUAUUAUAUAUGGGGCACACCUUAAAGGAAUGCAUAUUGGAUCUAUGCUAAGGUUCUGUUUCUAAAUCCCAUUAGUCACCACCCUCUCAUUGUGCACACAUAGCAUUUCAAUUUAGCUUGGUUUCUAAGCCAUGAAACACAGUACAUCAGCUUGGUUAGAUUUAGAUUCUGGUUUGAAUGAUACUUCAGCAUGAUUCCUAAGAACAGUAGAGAUUCUUUUCUGCUGAGAAGGCUACAAUUAGCUAAAACGUAUUAGUGGGGAAGACCAAAGUGGUGUCUCCUGUCACUUCCUUCCUUGUUUCAUGGAGCACCAUUAGUAGAAAGCUGGUUAAGAGUCAGGAAGUCGAGGGUAGUGGUGACUGGAGUGAGAGAAUAAGCAUCGACACCCAGAGUCAGCAUUGGGAACCAAUGUCUUUCCGUUCAUGACCACGGUUGGGGGAACAAGAACAAGGUGACAUAGGUUUAAGGUGAGGGGGGGUAAAAUUUAAUAGGACCCUGAGGGGCAACUUUUCCACCCAGAAGCAGGAGCUUAUAUGGGCUGAGCUGCCAGAGAAGGUGCUUAAGGAAGUGCAUUAAUAACAGUUCAAGGGCAUUUAAACAGGUUCAUGAACAGGAAACAUUUAGAGGGAUACGGGUCAAUGCUGAAGUGGGUUUGAAUUCGUGAAAUAUUGGCAUUAGUGUUAGGGAAGGUAGGAACUGUUCUGAUGGGAUGAGCUCCACCUGAACCACGCUGGGAGCAGAAUCCUGGCAAAUUGCAUAACUAGAACUGUGGAUAGGGCUUUAAACAAAUAGUAGGGAGAAGCUCAACUUUAUCCUAUCACGGAUAAAGUUGUGACUGUGAUCGAAGUCACUGGAGAGACACUGGAGCUGGUGUUAUAGUAGCCUUUAGUCAUCACAACAAGCAGGUAUUCUCAUGGAGACACUAUUGGUAGAGACUCAUGAACCCAAAAGUAUGGCACAUUCUUUACCACUAAGAUUGAAAGUAACAACAGGUGAUUUAAUACAAUUUCAAUAGUUAUAAUGCCAUUGCUUGCUUCAAUACUUUGGGUUGACAAAUGGUUCCUUUGAGAUACAUACUGGAAGAACAUUGUAAUUGAUAAGACACCCCUGAAGGUCUAAGUGCCUUUGAGAGAAACUAAUCAAUGGAAAUAAUCUAAAAACUUCUGACGACAGAGACCCAGGCACCCAAAAUUAGUGUUAGGGUUUCCUCUGAGUACACAGACUAUUGAUUGGCUAUACCUCUGACCAUGUUUAAUAUACUAAGUGACAACAUUUGUCUGGUUUGCUAGCCUGAAUUCAAGUCACAAUGGUGCAAACAUCUCAGCCAUGUUGCCUGGUUUGAUGCAAGUCAAGUAACACUACACCAUUGUCUUAACAUUAGCCUAAUGCAUAAGCAAACAUCUCAAGGUCACCAUUUUGCAAACCACAUCUCUUUGUGGGCUUUUAACAUCAGUUUACUGCUUGCAAUUUAAAAUAAAAACUGAAGACUAAUUGCAAGUUUG